CCCACCCCGUUUAAAAAGUGUGUGUCAAUAUCGUCAAAACAAUCAUUUCAAAAAAAUAUUGUCAACAGGCUCGGAACAAAGCUUAUUUGAACAUCAACACCUCUUUCUCUCCUAGAAAAACAAAACACAACUGAACUUGUGUUGUUAAUAUAUUUUAGAUGGGGAAGAUAACGAAAUUCCGGGAUAUGAUCGGAGUUAUAAAAGACAAGGCAUCACUUUCCAAAGCAACCAUACUCUCCAAAUCAACUCUCCACCUCGCUGUCUUACGCGCCACUUCCCACGCGCCGUCCACCAUCCCCCAAGACCACCAUCUCUCCAUUCUCUUAUCCGCCGGUGAUGGAUCACGCGCCACCGCGUCCACCCUUAUCGAAUCCCUCAUGGACCGCCUCCACCGCACCGGAAACUCCACCGUUGCUCUCAAGUGCCUCCUCACCAUCCACCACAUAAUCAAACGCGGAUCCUUCAUCCUCCAAGAUCAACUCUCGAUUUUCCCGGCCACCGGCGGCCACAACUACCUCAAACUCUCCGGAUUCCGCGACGGCACCACCGCAACCACCUGGCUCCUCUCCGCUUACGUCCGGUGGUACGCGCUCUACCUCGAAACCCUAAUCUCAACCUCCAGAACUCUAGGGUUCUUUCUCGGUUCAUCUCUAAGUAAAAUCGAGAAAGAAAAACAAGUCGACGUCGUUUCAUCAACCUUGAACCACGAUUUAAUCAGAGCCGUUGAUUCACUCAUCGCAGUUCUCGAGCAAAUCUGCAAAGUACCCGAUGGAGCAGUCUCACUCCAACCCAACAAGCUUAUUCAUGAGCUAAUAGCUUUAGUAGAAGAUGAUUAUUUAUCAUGCGUCAACGAGUUGAUACUUCGACUCAGUGAGUUCAAGGAGAGACUGAGUCACCUAAGCUUCGGUGAAUCGUUCGAGUUGGUUUGCAUCAUGAAGAGAUUGAAUGAAUGCAAGGGGAGGUUGUUAGGUUCAUUUAUUGUAACGGAGCAAUCAAUGGGUGGGACGUUAUGGGGUUUGAGUGAGGAGUUACAGAGUAGGGUUGGGAUGAAAGAUGAGGGUAAAUUUUUGGUGAAGGAAAAUAAGGAGAGGUAUACUGAGUCGGCUCGUUUUGGGGAGCGAGUUCUGACGUCGAGUGACUCGGUGAAGUUUUCGUCGUCGAGGUUUGGUUUGAACAGAAGAAAUUCUUUUAAUCUGUUGGACUCGACGGAAUCAUGAAUUAAUGUGUAUUUCGGGUUUCUUUUACUUUGAAUUAUUUAUGCAAGCACAGUGUCUGCAUGAAACUCAGAUGCAUACCGUCAUAAUUAUUUAUUCCCUGUAUUUUCAAAUAGAGAAUUGUUGACUUUGUCCCA